UUUUUUUGAAACAGAACUACAACAGUUGCAUCGUUAAAUAAAGGUUUCAGGCCACAUUUCAUCUCUAUGCGUGGAGUGAUUAGCUCCUUAUGGUCCACUUUGGUAGACCCAAAUGGAUGGAUAAUAUGUGCACAAAAAUUUCGAGAAACCAUAUAUUUAUGUGCAUUUCCUACGGACAAAAAAAGAAAAAGUGAGCAAAACAGAUCACAAAAAAAAGAUGGCUGCUUGGGGCCGUAAAUUCGAGCAAUUUGUUCUUUCAGAUGACCCAACAAGACCUCCAAACAGUUUAAAGCCAGUUAAUGAAAAAGAGGAAUUUUGUGGUAUUUUCUCUUAUCAAUUUGGCGAGCAUAACCUGCUUUACGCAGGGGAAGUCGAUGGAGUUAUUUCAGAUGAGAUUUUAAACGAAAAAUCUCUUUUAACAAAUGCCUUUAAAUUUUGUGAACUGAAAACAAAUUUAUUUGUAGACUGCCCAAGUGAGUACUACUUCUUUAAACUUGCAAAAUGGUGGCGUCAAUCUUUUUUAAGCUGUGUGGACAAAAUUUUGUUCGGAUACAGAAUAGGAAAAGGAAUUGUAAAGAAACUAAAAGAAUAUACAUUGGAUGAAGUAAACAAAAGAAUUCAGCAAGGAAGACUAAUAACCUGGAAUCCUGAUGCUGAAAAGAAUUUCUGUAAUGCAUUUUUAAAACACGUGAAAAAAAUUGUUACUGAAGAUUAUGAUAAAGUGGUUUAUAAGUUUUCUUGGAAUCCUGAAAAUCCAGGUUUAAAAAGGAUUGAAACUGAGAAAUUAAACAAUGUUCAUAAUGAGUCACCAUAUUCGUUUCUACCUGACAUGCACGUUGAAAUUAUUACAAAUCAAAAUCAAAUCUUCAGGAUAGAAUCGUUGCAAGAAUAAGUGAGUCAGAGCCUCAUGGUUCAAAAUCUGAAUGGAAUUGAGGAAGAUUUAGGGAUAAUCCUUCACAUUCAAGACAAUCUUCAGAAAAUGAACGUAGAUUCCAGACUACUUCCACACGUUAUUUUCCUUACUCCAGAUCGGAAUCUGAAUUUUCAAGGAAAAGAGGCAAUCCUCAAAGAAAUAGGAAUUUUAUGUCAAGAGGUGGUCAGAAAUCAAGAAGAGAAAGAAGAAGAAACUGCUACUAAAGAUACUGACGAUGGUAAUGAAGUAAUCCGAUUAAGCAAAAGCAGGCAUCUAAAUCAACCUCACAGAAAAAACUGAGGUUAUAAAAUUUCGUAGAUAAUCAGUCAAGGAGAAUAAACACGAAGUGGGUAAACCAACUGAUGUAAACAUUUCGUGGUGAACGUUUACCUCAGUGUGAACUAACAAACUGACUAUUACCCUGUUUGAGCGAUUACCUGCAAUGUUUGGUAUCCCCAGUUUUCUUCAUGGUUACGAGUUAGAUACAUCAAAUUUUCUUACGUGGGGUAGUUUCAGAAUUCACUCCUCAAUUAGUCUUCUGUAAUGUUGCCCUAAUUUAAUGAUUUAUAGCUCCAUUAAUUCUCGGUAUCGGGUUGACAUUCUAGGAAAAGCAGUAUCUUCCCUACUUAAUUUCUGCAGCGUCUACCCUCAGGAAAACAUUCCCUCUGCUCCCUCUGCUCGAAGCAUCCCUCCGAAGCCCGCUACCACCUUCUUUAACAAGUAACCCUGACAGAUUAUAUUGCCUAUGAGGUCGGGGGUGGUCACAAUUAAUCAAUACAAUAAUGUCAAUACAGCUAUUAUAACGUAAAAUGUAAGUAAUAGUGUAUUGUUAAUAAUUACAUUAAACUAGUGGUCACGUGACACUUGUUUGAUUUUGAUGAUGCAUAUGUCAUCCCUACAUUCUAAGACACUUAAUUUUUUAACUGUAGCGCUACAUACAUAUUUUCUUAAACGAAAAAACCUUAUUU